GUAGCGAGUGCCGCAGGGCAAUGUGGGGGCGAAACCGGCGGCGGUUGACGGAAUGGGCGGAGGCGGAAUUUCGUUGUUGAUAUGGGCUCUUAUUUCGUUGUCGAUACGGCGACGACAAACAUUCGAACGGAAGGCUGUCACAAAUCAGGAGUCGUGACAAAGAACUCUGGUCGACAGACGAACUAACCUUAGGGAUGUUGCACUCGAAAUCCCAAGUCCGGCAGCUGUGCCAAGCCCAGAGGGCCAGAACUGGCCUGAGACUAGCUGUGUGCCCUCGCAGCACCGUCAAGGUGUACGCAGCGGCCUCGGCGCCAAGCUUUUGGGAGCGAAUUUCAUCGGCCUUUGCACCCAAGGCAAAUCCAGAGGACGCUGAGAGGAAGCGACUGCGCCAGGUCAGCUUGGAGCUGCGGGAACUGAUCACUGCAGAGGAGGCCGUCGUCGACCUGCCGCGCGUCAACGAGCUGUUGGAUGAGCUGAUUGCGGGCGGGGACGCCGGCCUGCCCUUUGACGAGGCGGCAAUUGGCGGAGGCCCCUGGGUGGUGCGCUUCACGCGCGGCAAGCCCUUCCUGUGGGACCUCACCUGGAACACCAGCAAGAUAGCCAACAGCCGCAACCAGGCCAGCCAGGACUUCAACCCCGCCGCCGGCCGCACCGCGCUCAACAAGGUGGAGCUGAACGGGCCGGAAAGCUUCAUCUCGGCGGCUGGCACGUACGAGCCCGUGGACGACAGCGCGGUGACGCCCAAGACCAUCCGCGCCAACAUCCGCAGCGGGCGCCUGGUGGUGUGGGGCUUGGACCUGCCACUGCCCAUCGCUGGAAGUGGGUUAUUUGAAGUUGUGUAUGUGGACGAGCAGGUUGGGCUGCGCGUGUUUCGCAGCAGCGGCAGGUACGCGGUGCAGGUGCGGCCGCAGGAGUGAGGCUGUGAGGGCCGCCUGCUGUGCCGGACAUCGACAUGGGGUGAGGGACUGCUGGAGGCGUGACCGCGACUACCGUAAUGUACAUAGGAUAUUGGCGUGUGUGGAACGUGGCGUGGGUUCCAGCGUCGGCCCAACCGGGGCACAUUUCAUACUCAACUUGUGUGCGGGCACAAGGAGUCUGUCGCAGUAGCUCCACGAAGCGUAGCGUAGUUGCUGAUUGUGGAGCGGAGGAUGAGCGGACGACUCCUACAUUACUACACUUGGACAGACCCGCCAUAUGUGUAGUGGGCGGCGCUGGGAUGUACAUACCGAUGUGGGUGGCGCCUUGAUGGGGAUUCAGGCGUGGGGUUCAGCUGGGGGAAAAG